CUAAAGACGCAAUUAUGUCACUAUGCUGCGACUGAUGUCUGUUAUUAUCGAAAUGUAAGAUACAGGCUGCGAUAAUCUAAUAGCCCAUUAUAAUCACUUGUAGCCUAUUAGACAUUAUUUUAGGCAGUAAGCCAUAAUUUACGAAAACACCGCAUUAACCAAAUCGAGAAUCACGUUCAUUUUAAACAUGAGUAGCUAUUGUGGGAUAUCGUCUGACAGCCUGUUAACUUGUAGAAUUGUUAGCAGCCUACUUUUAUUAGUUCCUACCAACUAUUCUAUCCCGUAUGUGUGUAUUACGUGGAGGGAACGCUAUAUCGACAAACUAGAUAAAACUUUAGGGAAAUAGGGAGUUCUGUCAAGGGGCGGCGCUUGUGCUUUUUUUCGGGAGGUUGCAGGAUAUGGCAUCGGUUCUGGACUAUUGCUGAAAUAACGGGACACAGUAUCUGCAUCUGAGGUUGUGGAUAGUCUACAUACUUUAUAGCCUACUGUGUUUACAUAAGCUAUCCAGCACUAUGAUGCUGGUUAAGUUUAUAUGCGCGGUUGUUACCAGAUCGUUGUUCAUUCUCAUUGCUCUCAUUGCAGUCUUAAGAGUAACAUGGGUUACAAAGAAUGUCCUGUAUUGGCUUCUGACCUUUUUGUUCUUGCCUCUGGUUGUCGAAAUGUUUUUCACUUUGAAAAGAAGAAAAGGAAUGGACUACAAAUGGAUUUCGCCACCUAUCAUGCUAUUUCUCAUGAGCAUUAUACCAUCUAUGUGGAUUUUGGAAUUACAGCAUCAAAUGAAUAAAUCAAUUGAUCUCCAGUGCCAGAAACUGAACUCAAUGGACAACUGGAGAAGCAUUGUACAUUCAGUAAUGAACAGCACGAUGGAAAAUGAAAACUUUAUGGACUCUUUAAAAUUGCUGUCUUCAGUGUGUGACGACGACUGGAUUCUAGUGCUGCAUCAGAUCCUCCUGAUUCUGCUCAUCGUGGGGAAAUGGCUGUUGCCCGUCGGGGGAGGGGUGACCCGGGACAAGCUGGCCCAGCUUCUCCUCUGCUUUGUGGGCACUGCUGCGGACAUACUGGAGUUCACUACCGAGACCCUCACGGACAUACAGAACAUUUUACCACUGGUCUACCUCAUUCUGGCAGUAUGGACAUGGAGCAUGCUGCAAUUUCCACUCCAGAUCUCAGUGGUGAAGUCAACACCAGAGGAAUGUAGUGAGGGUCAGAGUGACUCUCUUCUGAAGAAGCACAGAAGUGAAAUCUGGAACAUCGUACAAAGCCUCUUCAUCCAGGAUGGCCCCUUCCUUCUGGUUCGACUGAUGAUCAUGAUCUUCUUUGAAAUCUUGCAUCCAAUGUUGGUCUUCUUUACCGUCAAGAACUUCCUGAUGAUAAUACUGAACCUGUACUAUCUGUGUGUCAUAUGCCAGGAUCACAGAGCAUCUGCCUCACCAGUCCCAUGAGAAGGUCAAGAGGAAAACACAAACUAAAUCCAAACACAAUGUGCAAAAUGUACAGAUAAGAUCAGUCCUUCUGUUCCCAUGAACAGAUGUGUGGCUGCAUAUAAGUCAGCUGUACUGCAUCAGAAUUCAUAUGCAGUCCAAUCAGCAUGAAAGCGGAAAUAGUCAUUUAAGCAGAAUGAUCUCAAAUGGUGUGUACUUCCCUGUUUAAGAAAGUGUUGUUGAAUUUAAGAUUGAAGAUACAUGUAUAUGGGAGCACCCAUCUUAAAUUAGUAUUUUUCUGUAGAUUGUUUUCAAGAAAGUGAGUGAGAGUAAGAAUCCGGGUGAUAUAUGUACCAAAUACUCAGAUGAACCACAAUGACACAGCACCAUCCCUGUUAAAUGAAGGCGCAGACUCUGAGAACAGAAUUACUGUUAUGGCGUAGUGGAUUUUCAUAGCUUUUUGUUUAGGUCACUUGGUGUGGCUGAUUUGGAGGCGAGGCCCACACUGUCAUAGGCAGUAAGUGACAUUAUGCAAUGUCUUAUGGUAGAGAAGUUUUGUAACUCCCUCACAACCACCUCUGACAAAAUUAAAGAACUGUAUUUUUCCCA